AUGCCCGAAUCCACCAUCAUCUCCAACUCGAAUACCAAGACACAUCAGGUUACAGAAGCCUUCACUGGCCAGGUGCUUUCCAAUAUCAUGCAUCUUGACAAAGCUGCUGGGAUUGCCAGUGUCACAUUCACGCCAUGCGCCCGGACUCACUGGCACACUCAUGUCGAAGGGCAGAUGAUCCAUGUUCUGUCAGGCAGCGGAUGGAUUUGUGACAAAGGGGGCAAAGCCAGGCGGAUCAGGGCUGGCGACACCAUUUGGGCGUCCCCUGGCACAACCCAUUGGCACGGGGCUGACAAUGAGUCUGUCAUGACCCAUCUUGUCAUGGUGACUGGAGGAACAAACUGGCAUGAGCCUGUCACCGAUGCAGAGUAUGCACAACGGGAGGAGUAA